UAUUACUGUUGAAAAUGUAUAUAAUACUCAAUCAUUGUUGAAAUAAAGUAGGUAGCUACGUAUCUAUCAUUGAAAAAAUGAUAAUAAUUAAAGUGUUCGUUCUUCAUGGAUUCUUCUCUUUGAUUCAACCACACACCCAUUUUAUGCCUAACUUGCCAAUGGGAGAAUAUCGUACGGUAUUUGAUAAACUAUAUCCUUGCGAUUCAACAAGAAACUAUUCAUUUCAAUUCAAUAAUUAUUUCAAUAAAAAAACAGCAAUCAUCACUGAAUUGAAAGGAAAUGUAACAAUUUUGAUACCUUUUGACGAUACUCUUACGCUUGAUAUAAACUUUUCAUCUUGGGGAUCAACUGGUGGUUGGAUACCAAAUUCAAACACUUACAUAACAAAAAAGGGAUGUAGUGCAUUAAAAAAUCUAGGAGGAAAUGCAUGGCUAACAGUUACAAAAGAUUUUAACAUUCCAAAUGCUAGCUGUCCAGUACCAGUGGGCACUUAUAUUACAUCAGGAAUUGACUUGAAGAAAUUUGAAGAUCAUAACUUUCCUAAAGUAUAUUUUUAUGGAAAAUAUAAACUGGUGUUUAAGGUGAAAAAUAUAGAAGGCAAAGUACUUGGCUGCGAGAUUGUGGAGGUUAAUCUUAUACGACCGUGGGAGAAACCAUUUUGAUGAAAUUGAACAAAAUAAUGAUUUAUGUUAUUGACUUAUUGAUAAUUGUUAAACAAUAAAUGCAGUAUAUUAUAAUAUAUCUUUUCUUUAACGAACUAAAAUUAAUUUUAUGAUCAG